AUGUUUAUACUAUGUCUACCGCAACGCUCAAGAGCAUCAUCGCAGUAUUUACCGAAAGAAUGUCUUGAUGGCAUUUUUAUUAAUUUUCAAGACGACAAAGGCACGUUAUUCAAUUGCUUAUUCGUCUGUCGAUACUGGUAUUAUGCAGCAGCCGAAAUUCUAUGGCAACGACCCUUUUCUCCUCCUUUCCGAUCGAAUCCUGUUGCAAUUUGGGAAACUGAUUAUAUCAAGCAGUCUAAGAAAAGAUCAAGAUUGAUACAAGUUUAUGUCUCAUGUCUUGGACUGACGGAGGAAUGGAGGUCAAUGAACUUGCAAUUAGAAGAUUCAAAGAGGCCAUUCUUUAAUUACGUUGCUCUCCUCAGGGAGUUUCACUUGCAAGGAUUAUAUAAUUCUGUAAGAGAAUGGGUAGAUUACUAUCAAUUUGCAAAGGUAAUGGAAGACAAUGGACCUUGCAAAGGCCGACCUAAAUUCCGUUGUCUAAUGAAACGCUUAAUAGUUGGCGAGUCGAAAAAGACUUUUCGAGUCCCGAGCACGUGCACUGAUUUCUCUGUCGUAGAAAAAGUUGUUCCAUUGCUGUGUAAGAAAAUUCUGGAUCAUUCUCAAGCUCUUAGAGUCCUCUCUCUUGAUAUUGACAGAUUUAGCAGAUGCCUAGAACUUUAUGAAAACGUUCAACAUCAUAUUCCCUUAGAGUCGCUGUCAAAAAUAACAAGCUUUGAAUGGACGGUCAAUAGACCCGCCGCAUCAACAUUCGUACGGUUAGCAGAGACAACUCAGAAUCUGAAGACUGUAAAAAUAUGGCGAUUGACAACUUACUGGUCUAAACAUGCCG